UAUUGGCCAUAUAAGUAAUCAUAACCCUCCUGAAGAUCAUCUGCAACUUCGCUCAUCUCCCCUCCAUCCCAAAUGGCCAUGUGUUUACAGAAGCUCUGUUUAGUUAUCGUCUCAGUUUUUAGUGUAUUCUUCCCCUCUUCACACCCUACUCUUCUUUCUCAUGCUUUAAUGCCCAUCAGAUGUCCUGCCCACGAAUCUGAAGCUCUGCUCCGCUUCAAAGCGGCCUUCAAUGACUCCCAAGGGUAUCUCAGUUCGUGGGAAAAUGGAACAGACUGCUGUACCAUGUGGAGUGGCAUAUCCUGCAACAUUCAGACCAACCACGUUGUCUCUCUUCAUGUAAGCCCUUUGGGUUCCAUUCAAGGUGUGAUCUCUGAGAGCCUGUGCCAGCUUCCUUUUCUCACAUCACUGAGCAUAAGCGGAGUAACAGGUACUACCACUACUCCUCCCUGUUUGGGAAACCUCUCUUCUCUUGAAUUUUUAGAUUUAUAUGGAAAUGAGUUUAGUGGGUCAGUUCCCACUUCCAUUUGUUUGCUCACCCGCCUUACACACCUUGGUCUUUCUAGCAAUAACUUCAAUGGAAGUGUACCUUCCUGCUUGGGCAAUCUUAGAGCUUUAAGAAACCUUCACCUUGCCACUAACCAGCUUAGUGGAAGCAUACCGGCUUCUCUGGGUAAUCUUACUUCCUUAGUUUUCCUUAGCUUUUACCAGAACCAACUCACUGGAAUCAUACCAGAUUCUCUGGGUAACCUUUCUUCUUUAACUUAUCUUGUUCUUAGUUACAACCAACUUAGUGGAAGCAUACCAGCUUCUCUAGGUAGUCUUUCUUCUUUAGGGUUCCUUGGGAUUUGUAAUGCCCAACUCAAUGGAAGCAUACCAGCUUCUCUGGGCAACCUUUCUUCUUUAAAUCGUCUUGACAUAGGUGUCAACUACCUUGAUGGAAGCAUACCAGCUUCUCUGGGUAAUCUUUCUUCUUUAUGGUACCUCCUUCUUCAUAAAAACCAGCUUAGUGGAAGCAUACCAGCUUCUCUUGGAAGUCUCACUCAAUUGAGGUCGUUAUACAUUGAAGACAAUCAAUUGACCGGUAUCAUUCCAGAUUCCUUGAGCAAUCUCUCUUUACUUAAGUUUCUGGAUAUUAGAAAUAACCAGCUAACUGGGACCAUUCCCCCUUCAUUUGCUCUACUUUCCUCCCUCGUUGACUUCAAAGCUGCUGGCAAUCGUUUCAAUGAAAGCAUCUCUUCUUCGUCACUUCCAACUUCCCUAGUUAAUCUAUACCUGUCACUCAACCAUAACCAGUCAAUUUCAGAAACUUUCUUUCACAACCUUACAGGCCUAAAGUUUUUGUAUUUAUCCAACUGUGUGCUAAGUAUCAGCACAACCUGGAUUCCAUCUUUUCAGUUAAGUCAGUUAUCUUUAGUGUCAUGUAUGAUUGGUCUUGGUGAAUUUCCAACUUGGAUUUCAACGCAAUUCUCACUUGAUACACUGGAAUUAGUUAACACCGGUCUUAUGGGAGAAAUUCCAUCUUGGCUAUGGGAAACCAAUCCUCACUUGAAAUCUCUAAAUCUUUCAGGAAAUCAUUUAGAAGGAAGCUUAUUCUCAAAUGCUUCAAUAUGGAUGCAACUAGUAAUACUAGAUGUGUCUAGAAAUGCAUUCAGUGGCCACAUUCCAUCAACGUGGGCUCCUAAUAUGACAAUAUUGCUGCUCAAUGACAAUUUAUUUAGUGGUAAUAUUCCUCCAAGCCUGAGUCGAUUAUCUCAACUCCAGCUCUUAAAUCUUGCAAACAACAACUUUACUGGAGUGAUCCCUACAAGUUUGUCCAAAUGCUCUUCCCUUAGUGUCCUAAAUUUGGGAAAUAAUAGUUUGGAAGGAAGCUUACCACAUGACUUCAGUCAACUGAGUGAAUUGUAUUCAUUAGUUGUUCACAAUAACAAGUUGAAUGGAUCAUUCCCUCCUUCAUUAGUAAACUGUUCAAAGCUACAAGUUCUUGAUAUUGGGAACAAUUUAUUUGAAGGUGAAAUACCAACAGCAAUUACAAAUCUUUCAGGGCUAAGAGUAUUGGUGAUGAAGGAAAAUAAUUUUACAGGUAUCAUUCCUCUAGACAUUGGUCAGCUGAAGAAUCUCCAGAUCUUGCUUCUUUCUGCCAAUCAUAUCUCUGGUUCAAUUCCACAGACAAUUGUAUCAUUGGAAGCAAUGGCAAUAGAAAGCCAAUAUGGUUUUAUAUUGUCCACUUCUCAGGUUCCUUAUCGAGAUGGAUUGGAUAUGACUUUAAAAGGCACAAAUCAGCAUUACUCAUAUAUUCUUUCCACCCUCACAUCCCUAGAUCUCUCAAACAAUGAAUUGGAAGGAGAAGUUGCUUCUAAUUUGGGGAAUUUGAAGGGUUUGAGGCUUCUAAAUCUUUCAAUGAACAAUUUGAAUGGGACUAUUCCAAGUAGUUUGGGAGAAAUGAAUCAGUUGGAGUCAUUAGACCUUUCAAGAAAUUAUUUUUCAGGAAAAGUCCCUGCAGAGCUUGAAACUCUAAGCUAUUUGGGCUCACUAAAUCUAUCAAACAAUAAUCUUUCAGGAUGUAUACCACAAGGACGACAUAUAACUGGCACAUUUGGAGAAUCCUCUUAUUCAGGGAAUCCUAAUUUAUGGGGAUGUCCCUUACCCAAAAAUUGUUCUUGGCCACAAUUUUCUCAUGCCCCUCUAGUGUUAGCAAUGAAAGAAAAGAAAAGCAAGAAAAGCAUUGAAUAUCUAUGGUAUUCUAUAGCACUAGGAUUGUCAUAUGGAGCAGCUUUUGGGGUGAUAAUGUUAUUGAUCCUCAUAAAAGAGAGUACAAGGAAGAAAUACUUCAAUAAAGUUGAUGAAAUCCUCAAGUAUCUAUUUCCAUGGAUGAAGAAUCUAAAAGUAUGAAAGGAUACAUCUACAAUUCAUGAAAUGUCAAAGGAAUUUGUUUAUGCUCAGGUGCUUGGAUCAUUUCCUACUAUGUCCACCUUACUAAAGGCAUGCUAUUGUUCAUGGCCUCAGUUAACAUGUUAUCUUAUAUAUGUUGAUUUUUUGUGCUAAAUGAAGGCUAUGAAGAAAAGAAAUAUUUAUUAAAAAAAAAAAAUUAGUCAUUUUGUUUAGAUAUAUGAAUGUACGAAUGCU